CAGAGAAUCCUCGAAAUAUUAAACAGGUGCUUUUUCUUCGUACAUUUCUCUUUCAAUUUCCUCCUCCAAGCUGCGCCGGAGAGACUUCUCCUGCGUCACGGGGAAAUAAAGUAACUUUAGUGGAACAAUGCGGGACCCGAACAGCAGCACCUCAACGGAUCUCGAUCCCUAGGAAUCUUACUCAUGGCUACCGCCCGGCCAUCCGCAACAUAAAGCACUUUGAAACAGAGAAAUCUACCGAAAUCACGGGACGGGAGUUUUAUAAAGCCAGGAGCGAGUCUAUUCUGUGAUCUAGAUGGCGGGACACGAGUGGGAUGAUUGGUUUGAACGGGAGGAAUUGAUCGGACAGAUCAGCGACAUCCGAGUGCAGAAUCUGCAAGUUGAGAGGGAGGUGGUGCAGAAGAGAACGUUCACAAGAUGGAUGAAUUUACAUCUAGAGAAGUGCAACCCUCCAAUGGAGGUAAGGGAUAUUUUCCGUGAUAUCCAAGAUGGAAGGAUUCUGAUGGCACUGCUUGAAGAGCUCUCAGGAUGCAAACUGCUGCAUGGGUUUAAGCCAUCCUCACAUCGCAUUUUCAGGCUCAAUAACAUCGCCAAAGUAUUGACGUUUCUGGAGGAAAGAAAUGUGAAAUUAGUCAGCAUUGAUGCAGCAGAUGUCGCAGAUGGCAAUCCAUCCAUAGUGCUUGGGCUUAUCUGGAAUAUCAUCCUCUUUUUCCAGAUCAAGGAACUCACAGGGAACAUUAAGAGUCAGUUCCCCUCCUCCUCCAGCCUGUCAUCCAUCCCCACCAGCUCCGAUUCAGAUACUUCUCACUCCAGCACCCCCUCAGAUGAGAGGAAGCCCACUAUUGCUCCAAGGGGUCAAGGGAAGGUGAUCAAAACCCUCCUGCAGUGGGUCCAGAGGCGUACAAGAAAAUAUGGAGUUGCUGUUCAGGACUUCAGAAAGAGUUGGACAAGUGGUCUGGCGUUUCUUGCUGUGAUUAAGUCCAUUGACCCCAGUCUGGUGGAUAUGAGGAGAGCCCUGCUUAGAUCACCAAAAGAGAACAUUGAGGAAGCCUUUAGAACAGCACACUACAGUCUUGGCAUCCCAAGACUCCUGGAACCUGAGGAUGUGUUCUUGAAUCCCCCUGAUGAACAAUCCAUAAUGACCUACGUAUCCCAGUUUUUGGAGCACUUUCCUGGAAUUGAAGAGGAUGAGACAUCAGAUAUUCUGGAAAGGAGUCAAAUCAGUGCUCGAACGAACGAUCCUCCUGUUCGGAAUGGCGUACAGAGGAAACGGGAGUCUUGUACAGUCAAGAAAGACUUGGUUCAUCCGCCACCCAAGAUCUUCAUCUCCUCAAUGUCUGUAGAUCAUGAACCAAUCACCUCUCCUGUCCUCUCACAGCCCCCCGAGGACAGACCCUGGGCUAGUGAAAGGUCAUCCAUGGGUUCAAGCACUAGUCCUGCAGAUGACAGUCCCCUAGACCUGAACAAAUAUUGUUCCACAUCUAGCUCCCCACAGCCUUCAUUCUCCGACUCUGCGGUUAACUCACCUGACUUGUGGAUAGAGGAACCAAGUGAAUCUACUCAGCAAGAGACCUCUGAGCGGAUCAAAGAUGAUCCAACAAACAAGAGCUGUGUAGCUGUUGAGAGCUAUUCUACAAACCCUGGGGAAGCAACCUCAGACCUGGGGUCACCAUUUUCACCAGUUAGCAUGCCAGAAACCAAGUUGGACUGUGAACUUUUCAUAGAUGAGGGUAAUUAUUCCAUCGGGUCCAUAGAUAGUUUACAUGCCAAAUCUACAUUGCCAUCUGAAGAGGAGGAUGCCUACAAAUUUAUCUUGGAUCUUAACAAGAAGGAAUCUGCUAAUCAUUUGCCUAGAAAAGACAUGAGGAAUAAAUCAGAUGCAGUAAGCUUAGAACAAACAGAAAUGGAUCAUUUGGAAUACCAGGAAUCAGAAAAGCCAUCUUUUGAUUUGAAAAGUGACUCAGGAUACUUCCAAGAUCAUAAGGACGCCAUGCCAGCUCAGCCUGAGGGUAUCAGCGAGGCUCCAUUUAUUUCUGCCAUUGAUGAAGAAGUAGGUGCACUCGAAAUUAAAAUUGAAUAUGAAGCUUUUCAGGACAACAAGUCUUCCAAUACAGAAGCCAUACAGAGGAACCGCCUCGGGUUUACAGGUGGACCUGAAGAAAAGCCAAUUGUAUUUGAGGAUGACAGUGAGCCUGAAUGUCCAGUUCUCCAGUACGAGAGGGUCUCCAUAUCAAGUGAGGAGGACAUUAAAAUGUGUGCAGAUCUGACUGAAGAAAAUACACAGGAACCAAAUGCAAACAAUCUUCCAAAUAUCUUAAAUGGUUAUUCUGAGACCAAGGAGGACCUCCAUGACGGGGAACCAAGUGGUCUUUUAGAAAGUGAUGAGAAGAACCAGAUAUCUCUUAACCAAAAAGAACCUGUGUUGGUGUCAGAUACAAGCCAGAUAGAAGCAGAAGUUUCUGAUGAAGAUCACAUGUGUUAUAUGUGUGGAGCUCCAGUGGCAAAGAGCUUGACUGAAUCCAUUGAACAAGAUGCCGAUUCAGACUCGGUGCAUUCAAAUGAGCUAGAAUCAGGUGGAAAUUUUAAGGACAAGCCAAGAGAGAAUGAUGCAUUAAAUGGAAUUGUAAGUGAUAUUGAGAAGAAGCCCAGAGAGAUUAGUAUUUACACAGAUCCUCUUAUUCAAGGUAAGAGCAAGUUGGAAAGUGGGUCAGACAGCAGAAGGGAGAAGGAGUUUUCCCACAAUAUGAAUUGUGAAAGCCAAGCUCAAAAUUCAGACAACAGGGAGCCUGGCUGGGCCAGAAAUAAACAGUCGGUAUCUGUAAUUCCCUGUGAUGUAGUGGACUAUGAUGUUCCAAAAUCUGACAGCAACAUCCAGGAGGGAGAUAAGAAUUCCUCUACCAACAGUAAGCAGACUGUCACAAGUCAAACAUCUGGUGGUCAUUCCAAUGAGGAAAUUACUAUUAUGGGUGUCCGCCCUGAAAGACGUCCAACAGAGUUUCGUUUGGCCCUAAGUGUUACUCCACUCCAGCCUGCACCUCCUAAACGCUCACUUACUGAAUCAGACACAGACACCGAAGAUACGUCAGAGAGUCACGGCGACGUGUUUAAGCCGAGAAAGGCAAGAGUUAGAUCUUUGCACCUCCAGGAGCAGAGCCCAUUUGACAGGCACCCAGGAGAAUGGGGCGCGGUGGAACCUGAUUCACCCGCUGAGCACUGUGAGCUCAUUAAGACAGUUGAAGGCUUUACCGGUGCCAGAGAAAACACUGGGACUCUGAGGGAAGGAACCUUCACAGACGCAAGUCCCCUGUUGACUACUAUACACUUGAGAAAGCUUGUUGACACCACUGAAUCAAAGGGACAAAAUAGGAAUGCCAUAGAUGGCAAAGUGGACAAUUCCAUCAUAAAUAAAAGUUUGGAGAGCAAGACCGCUGCAAGUCCAGAAAGUGCACAUGAUUUAACCUGGGUAGACAUCUACAUUCUUUUGGCUUCUUGGCUCUUCGUGUACUGCCUUCUUGUCUUGCCACAGAUUGACUCACAGACACUUCCUAAACUCCUCUUCAACAUAGAUGAAUGACCCUAACGAUAACACUCACACAGCUCUGAUCAUGAUUCUUAUAAAUCAAAGACCCCUGAUGACUGUUUUGAUCUUUUAAGAGUAAAUGAAAAGGAUUGGACACAUAUUGAUCCGUUCUGUUGCCUUUUUAUUUUCUUUCAUAUCUGCUCACUAAGACUUAUGGAAAGUGUUUCUUUCUUAUUACUGGUAGUCAGUCAACUUAUACUGGGUUCCCUUUGGAUACAUUUAUAUGCUAUCUGCACCUAAUUUUUAGGUGCACAUGCUAUGUAACGUUUUGAUUAUUUAUAAUGCUUCUGAAGAACAUGCUUUUUUGGCCAUUUCUUUUGUUUGUGGUUACACUAUAUGAAGAAACGAGCAUCUGCAAGACUGUGCAACUGUUUGUACAAAAAUAAGUGAAUGUUUUUGGUAAAGCUGUUGUGCUAUGUUGUUUUUUCUUUUCUUUUCUUUUCUAAUGUAUCUUUUAAAAAAGUGAACACAAGUCUUGCCCCUCAGAUUUUAAAUAACAUUAUAUAGUCAGCAAAGGUUUUUCAGCACAUACAGAUUUGAUAAGAUAAGGCCGGUGUAUUUAUGGCACAUAUUUUAGAAAGGAAAACCACAUAGGGCUUACUAAGUUAUAAUAGAGCUUUAUGGUGUCAGGAGCACUUUUUUAAAGCUCAAGACAAGAACUGCCAAAGAGUCAGUUAAAGAAACUGAAACACCCCCGACACAGUGAACAAAUUAUACAUUUGCCUAUUCUUUUAAAUAUAAAUUCUGCACUUAUUCACAGUAUAUGUUAUAUGCAUUUAACAAAAUGCAAGAGCACACAAUAUAUCUUUAAGACAUUUAUUUGUCAUUUUACAUGUUUAUAAAUGCAGUAUAUUGACAGAAUUUGUAAUAUUUUUGGACACUGAAGUUGUUAGUGGCGUUUUUUUAGGUCUCUGGACUAAUAUGAAACCCAAUAGGUCUUCUGUAGGAUUGAAUUGAGAUUGUGGGGUGUCUCCUUAUAUUUUCUUUAAAAAAAAUUAUAAUACAAAAAAAAAAAAAAAAAACUGUAAUUUACACCUCCAUCAUGCAGAACAGGCACAAUGGCUGCAUAGUGCUCCUCGCAUGAUCAUUGCAAAUUAAAGCGAACUCUGGACAUAGAGUGAAUGUAAAUGCAUCCUGUUAAAUUUGCAUAGCCUACAAAGUAUGUCCAACACCGCAAAUAAGCCAAACUUUAGACUGCAAUUCUGCAUGAGAAUGUGUAUGGGAAAUAACUUGUCUUAAACUUUUUUUUUCAAAGUCACCAAGUGAAUUUCUGUCCUGCUUUUGUCAUGGAAAUGAUUCAUGUUAUAAUGCACCAGAGUGCAAUAAAUGAU